UAAAAAUUAUAAGUGUGUGUGUGUAUAUAUAUAACUAUAUAUAUAUAGUUUUAGAUUUAUAUCAGCAAUACCGACAGACUGUACAGUUUACUUGUGACAUCUGGAUUACUAUCAUAUAUCGGUAAGGCACGAUAAUCUUAUCGAAGUUUAUCUUCAUGUUCUCAACCAUUCUCGAAAAACAGAGAAAAGUUUAAGUGAAAAAAGAAAAAUCGAGAGAAGUAACGACCGAUCGUUUAAAUUAUUUGUUAAUUACUAAAUCAGCUCAAACUUGAUCACUAUCUCAACAGAAAUGAUAUCAUUAGUAGUGUAUGUAAUAUAGACAUGCGAGUUUCGAUUGAUAAUGAAAAGAUCGGUAAAAGUACGAACAGUAAAACGGAAAUAAAAUUUAACUCGUUUUCCCGAUUUGCAUUAUUGCACAUUGGAAUCGAUCAUUUCUAUAAUGACGGUUAAAAAUAUUAUACGGGAUGCAAACAUUUAUUGUAAAAGGUAAAUAUUUGGUCUUUACUCUGUACGAUCUUUGACGUUCGUAUAGAUGUUGCACCGAUAAGUGUAUUAGUGAAAAUUCACGGCUUAUUUGAACAAGAAACACGCGAUGUUCAUGGACACAUGAACGCUUCGAUGUGAACCAAGGUUGUUCGAAUCAGCAAGGGAGCAAUAUUUUACUAGAAAAAUAUGUUUUGGAACUGGAUAACUUUUUAAGAGAAAGAAAAAAAGAGGUAUUCAUUCAUAAAGUGCUACAACGUUUCAGAAAGCUUCAUCAUUGAACUAUUAUCAACUUUAGUAAACUUGGGUGAUAUUUGUUUCCUAUAGAAGAAGAAGAAGAAGUAGGGAGAGGAAGAAGAGAGAAAAUACAUUUAUAAAAUGACGCAAAAGGGAAUUGAGCGAUUUCUCAGUGUGCUGUAUAUUUCCAGUGUAAUUACAUCGAUGACAUCGAUGAUCUGCAUAGCCACCCUUUGGCAAUAUUGGACAUUGAUUUUGGAUGUUUGUAUUAGCAUCGAUUGCGGUUGUAUAUUAUACUCUACAAACACCUUCGGUACUUUUGCGGGGGGUAAUGGAAAUCUCUGCAAGUUUGCUGUAUACGGUUUGGUGCCGACGGCUCUACUGAAUUUAUGUCUUGCCGGAUAUCAUGGAUAUAGAAGUUAUAUAAAGGAGUUAAAUAUACCUGUACGAACUUACGAUGAUAAUAGCAGAGACUUCGGUAUCAGCGAUCCAUCAACAGCAAGGAUUAGCUCCAGACAAAGACAAAUAUCGUACUAUAAAUGGAUGCCUUUUGUCUUUUUUGCGAUAUUACUUUCCUGUUUGUCAUUGUCUCACGCAAUAAUAAUAACCGAUGGUUUUUAUAAAACUUGCGACCAUUACAGAAGCAUGCUGAUACGAAUUUUAGGUUCAACUGGACGCGAAGCCGAGGUUAUUCACAGUAGACUUUCCUGCGGAGCAAUCUUUGAUUUUAUGGAUUAUUUAGAGCCGAACGACACACACUGGGAUCGCACCAAAGCGCCCGACUCUGGCAUUGUUCUGCUAUUAGCUAUUGCUUGCACUUGGUACAAUUUUAUUUCUUGGUUGAUCGCUUUCAUGUUAUACUAUAUCAUGGCGCGUAGUAAAUUUUGUUUUUUAGAAAUCCCGAUCGAUUAGAUUUUAAAUGAUGCACGUGCACUUCUGUUCAUUCGUUGGCGAAAUAUCGAUAAAUAAUAUGAAAUAAUAUACGUAUUUUUAUUACAUUUUUAUACAUAUUUACAAAAAAAAAGUCGUGUCUAGUUUUUCUUAAUAUUAUGUGUCGACUAUCACAUUUUCCGAAACUGUGUUAAGUAAUAUAUGCAAUACUGCGAUGGAUACCUGUCGUUUGGUUUCACUUGUGUUUAUUUUAUACACUCGUUCGAUUAUUAUUAUUAUUUUAAGUACAGUACAGUCUACUAAAGUCUGCUACAAUUUAUUAUGUAUAUAGUUUGUAAUCAUUUCUCUUUCCUUUUUGUAGCUACAUAACGAAACAUUUUAUAUAUACACUGUAUGGUCGUUGAAAUCAUCUUGCGCAUAAAUAGGAACGUAUUAUUACUGUAAAUACAUUACGAAAAUUGUUCAAUGAAACGAAUAUACCGAUUGUAUACUACUUGUGUUUCUUCUUUUUUCAACACCUUUUCUUUGAUUAAGAUAAAGGGAGGUAAGAGAGGAAAAAGUCAUACAAUUCUAUAUUCGGUGCUUUUUAUCUUUUUUCGUUGAAGAAAACUGCAAAUAUUUCAUCUUUGUCUUGUGUCUUCAAUUACUCUUAAAAGGGCAGCAAUAGUAAAUUUCGUUCGCGGUUUUCAAAUUUUGUCAUUGCUGUUAAACACGGAAAAAAGCUACGCGAUAUUACACACACAUAGUGGCUCGCGAAAGUAUCAGAACGCUUAUAUUCGCUAACUCCAAGUAAAAAUAUGAAGAUUGUAA